ACGUGCUGGUCGCAGCGCUUCUUGAACCCACCAUGGCUCAACAGGGGAGUCUAAACCUCAAUAACGAGGUUGUGAAGAUGAGAAAAGACGUGAAGAGAAUCCGAGUGCUGGUUAUCCGAAAACUUGUCAGAAGCGUUGGCAGACUCAAGUCAAAAAAGGGUACUGAAGAUGCACUGUUAAAAAACCAGAGACGGGCACAACGAUUGCUUGAAGAAAUUCAUGCAAUGAAGGAAUUGAAACCUGAUAUAGUAACUAAAUCUGCUCUCGGUGAUGAUAUCAACUUCGAAAAAAUCUGCAAAAAGCCUGAUUCUACUGCAACUGAAAGAGCAAUUGCUAGGCUAGCAGUGCAUCCUCUUCUGAAGAAAAAAAUAGAUGUGCUAAAAGCUGCUGUCAAAGCUUUUAAAGAUGCAAGACAAAAUGUUGUUGAAAUUAACUCAUCAAAGAAUGCUUCAGUAGAAAAUCAUUCCAAGGACACUUUGUGUUCAAAUGAUGAUGCCAGUAAGUUACAGCAUGAAGGAACUAUUGUCAGUGAGCAAAAAGAGAAAGAAGCCAAAAUAUCGGCAAAGAAACCAAGAAAUUCAAAAGAAAAAAUAACCAAGAUGGAACAUGGACCCAAUGCUGUAGACAUUCCAGAUUCUCCAUCAAAGCCUUCUGAAAGGGAUUCUGUAGUUCCAUCUGAACCGCGGAAGACACCUGCUGACCCAAAAAUGAAAACAAUAAGUAAAACUAAAAAAAGUAAAGGGUCCAAUAGCUCCCUUGGUGAUAACAGUGAUGGAGAAGAAUUACAGGAAGAAGAAAAGGAGUAUUUUGAUGAUAGCACAGAAGAAAGGUUUUACAAACAGUCUUCAAUGUCUGAGGAUAGUGACAGUGGUGAUGACUUCUUCAUUGGGAAAGUCAGACGGACACGAAAGAAAGAAAGUAGUUGCCAUUCUUCAGUUAAGGAACAAAACCCCCCCAAAAAAGUGUUACCUGAAGAAGAUCUACUUGAAACCCAUCAGAAUAUAAGAAAAGACAAAAACCCGUCAAGUACAGAAUCAAGGAAGUUUGAGUCAGUGUUUUUCCAUUCUUUAUCUGGAUCUAAAAUCUCCAGAAGAAAUUUUUUAGAACAGCCUCCAAAAAGCAAAACCCCAGGUUUUCGGCAAAAUGAACUUCAGCUCAAGAAUCCGUUUAAUAGGAGUGCACAGAGAGGACUUGAAAAUACAAAACAGCAGUCACAGCUGCCUCUUCAUCCUUCAUGGGAAGCAAGCAGGAGGCGGAAAGAACAGCAGUCUAAAAUUGCUGUGUUUCAGGGGAAAAAAAUUACAUUUGAUGAUUGA